AUGCUGAAUGGCAUUGGGGACGAGAACUAUGGUAUUGUUAUCGAUUCAGGAUCAUCUGGAUCUAGGAUACAAAUUUAUAAAUGGGCAAACCCUAAGUUGCAAUCAAAGUCUACUGAUACUGAAGUGCUUCAAUCACCUCCCAAGAUUUCACUACAUAAAGAUUGGACAAAGAAGAUAACUCCUGGAAUUUCAACUUACAAGACUAGUGGACAGAUUAAACAGAUUUGGCCUAAGCAUUAUGCAGAGUUGAUGAAAUUUGCCGAAGGCAUAAUACCCAGUGAAAAACACUCCGCAACGCCAAUAUUUGUUUUGAGUACAGCCGGUAUGAGGUUAUUGUCAAAGAAAACUAGAAAGAACAUUUUAGCCGAAACAUGUUCCAGUAUUCGGAAAAAUACAAAAUUUUAUUUACCUGAUUGUGAAAACUUUGUUCAAACAAUUGAUGGUUCUACGGAAGGAAUUUACGGUUGGUUGGGGUUGAACUACUUGAUGGGACAGUUCAACAAUUACGAUCCAAAACUGGAGAACCACGAGUCUAUUGGAUUUAUGGAUAUGGGAGGGGCCUCGACUCAAAUAGCAUUCGUUCCUCCCAAGGACCAAAUUGAGAAACACAACAACGAUCUUUCUAAAGUAACACUACGGAAUAUAAAUGGUGAAACUCAAACGUGGAACGUUUUUGUUGAGACAUGGCUAGGGUUUGGUGCAAACGAAGCACGCAGAAGAUUUAUUGAGCAAAUGAUUAACUUGUCUUUGGUCAAUGAAAAAUUAAACAACAAUAUAAAUGACCCUUGUUUGCCAAGAGGUGCUACAUUGGACUAUAACCUAAACGGAAAGUCAUACAAAAUACGCGGAGUGGGUAACUACGAAAUGUGCAUCAAAUCGAUCUACCCAUUGCUAAUGAAAUCGAUUCCGUGUGAAGAUGAUCCUUGUUUAUUUAACGGGAUUCAUGGGCCCAAAAUGGAUUUUGAAAAGGACAAAUUUGUAGGAAUAUCUGAAUACUGGUAUACAGCUAAUGAUAUUUUUCACAGUGGUGGCGAAUAUGAUUACAAAGCCUUCAAUUUGAAGGUGAAGGAAUUUUGUGAAAACAAUUGGGACACCAUAUUGCAGAACGCAAAGAAAGGGGACUAUUCGAAUCUUGAUCCGGAUAAGUUUUUGAAAGAUGCGUGCUUUAAGGCGAGCUGGGUCAUGAAUAUUCUCCAUGAAGGAUUUGAACUUCCGAGAAUUGGCUUCGAGACAGACUCAGAUAAACAAGAGAACAAUCAGUCAGACGAUGUCACUAAUAAACAUGUGCCGUUUAAAUCUGCUGACUCAGUCGGUGGAGAAGAAUUAUCAUGGACAUUGGGGAAAAUGUUGUUGUUUGCCUCUUCUCAGAUUGAUCCGUCAGACACGAAGGAAAAAUUGCUGAUUGGAAUAUACCCUAGUGAAAUAUCGGGCAAGAGUUUUGUUCCGGGUGGAACUUUAGGGAAGUCAUAUCAAUCGGACUAUGAUAGUGAUGAUGAAAGCGAUUCCCCGUUUGGUGUGGCAUUCUAUUCUUUAAUUGUGUUUUGCUUCUUUGGCUAUUUGUUAUUCAAAAUCGCUCCUGGACACUUUGGAAAUUGGAAGGGGAAAAUCAGAAGGUUUAGAGUUCCAAUGCUGGUUAGAAAAGGGGCUGCCAGUUUAGUUUCGAAGGUUCCCGGUUUGGACAAUGUUUUCAACAGACUCUCUCUAUACGAUCGAAUCGACCAAAACAUCACUUUAGAAGAAGGUGUUGGUGGGGCCCCUAAUCUCGGUGCAUCACCGUCUUUACAAGGUGCUGGCCCUGGUUCCGGUGCAUCUGUUCUACGCACUAGACUGGCGAUUGGGUUGGAUGGAGAUUUUGAUGACACGCCAAUUCCGCGCUUUAGCUCUUCCAGCCCGGUAUCAAACAUAAACAAUUACAACCCAAAGAUUAAUGAUUUCUUGAAUAGGCCAUUCGUUGUUCCAAAUAGGGGUUCCUUCUAUCAAGCUUCUGAAAGAAACAGUAGAGAGUCGCUAUCGAGGAGUUUGAGUAACUUGUCUUCUCACCGACCAAAACCAUCAAUAGAAUAA